GGUUCACCACACCCUAGCUGCAUGGUCCUCUCUGUUUUUGGAUACGUUAAAAGUAGCGAUUCAAAGAUAAGUUAUAAUGAAGAUCAGGACUGACUUUUGGAACUAAACCAGGUCAAAGGGAUUUUCUGUGAAAGUUAAAUGUCGCACCACGCAGUCAUCAUGUAUAAGCCAAAAAAAGAUGAUAUUUAUGCAUAUGCGCUGUCCAAGACCCUGACAAAAGUUUCAUCACCUGCAACUGUAGGACUCUACUCUUCGUGUCAGAAUCGAAUUAACAUGAUCCUCGGACAAAUGGAAGUGAACAUGAAGCAGGAAGCUUUGAGGAUUGAGAAGGAAUAUAAGGGAAGACACAAGCCUCGCUCAGUUACGCCUUCAUUUAGUGGCUUUCUAGCACUCAUUGGCCGAAUGCUCUUCUACAGGCCCAUUUGGACAGAGGAGAACCAGCAGCACCAUAACAUCAGGUUCAUUCAUGUACAUUUUAGUGCCUGGCAUUUUGCAGGCAGUGACCUGCUUUGGGCCGGGCUAGCCAUACGGCUGUUUCAUGCCAUGCAGAUGAACUUUGGGAAAUUACAGAUUGUACUCUACCGUGUGGCUCAACAUAAUGAAGAAGACGAAGUCAAGAACAAGACAGUGGAGAAUGGUCCCAACCAUUGGAGGUCCAAAAAAGUUUGCUGCUGCCCUCUGUGGUUUCUCGUCCUGUCCAUUCUUGUGGUACCAAUUAUCGUCCUGAUAUUCCUGUUGACUUUUGGCCUUCCCAAACCUGAGGUGAAACCAGACGGGGCGGUGAAUGGAACAAACAGCCAGGUGGAUGUGCUGGAGGGCCUGGCCAUCGCUGCCUUUGGAGUCCCUGCAGCAAGCGCAUUGAGGUUUGUCUUUCUGAUUGGUAAGAACCUAAUCUUCAACCAGGAGAAGAACAUAAAGAAGGGGAUGGACAAUGAGCGGGUCAGCAGCCAUCUGGGCUUCAUGAACGAAGUGAGGAAGGAAAUGUGGUUUCUGUCUCGAUUCAUCCAGUUUAUGGAGGUGUUUGAGAGGAGGAGGAUCCGGGUGGUACUGCAGAUCACCAAUCUGGACCGUUGCUCCCCCCGAAAAAUUGUCGCAGUUCUGGAUGCCAUCAACAUUCUGCUUUCAGAUGAAGAAUGUCCAUAUAUUUCUAUUCUGGCCGUCAACCCAGAUGUUCUUGUGGAGAAAGUGAACUAUGCAGAUGGCUGCUUUAGCAAAGAGGACAGAGCGUACGCACUGUUGCACCGCAUCGUGACUCUGGCCUUCACGGUCCCACCGCUGUGCGAUGAUUCAAAGCGCAGUUUAUUUUACAGCCUCACCAGUAAUUCAAAACACCCUGAGGACAUAAGCACGAGCGGAAAUAAACGUAGAGCUGGGGGCCUCGAAAAGACAUCUUCCUCAGAUUUACAUUCAGAGGAGAUUGCAUUGGAAACGAAAGAGUCAUAUCCACUGAUGGAUAAAAAUACAGCAGACCUGGAUGUAAAUGAGGAGGAAGUAGAAAAGUUGGUCGGGAGCAUCCUGACCAGCAGUGAAAGGAAUCUAAACACGUACAUGUUUGAGGAUGCCAUGUCGAUGAGGAGGGCGAUCAACUCCAUUCAGGUGACUGUGAUAAUCAUGAAGACUUUAAAGAAAGAGCUUCCUCAACCAGAAUACAUCGCAGCAUGGGUGGUCUUGGCCAAUCAGUGGCCUUGCCGCCUCAGCUGGAUCAUCCAGUGUGUGGAAGACGCUCAGCAGAGAGCAGAUAUUGAUCGUGACUAUUCGGCAAACGCUGACGAUUCAAAGACCUUGUGGACGGUGUUCAGCGAGUCCAGGGCAGAGCUGUAUGUGAUGAGUGCACAGAUUGAAGACCUGCUCGAGCAGGACGGAGAUCCUGAGAUGUUUGAAAAAUUCCUCACGGUAGAUUUCCAAUUCACUGUGAAGGACUUGAAGACAUUUGAAGAGGCGACGGUGAAUCUGGAUCAUUCAAUUAGGAAGGAGCUGGCUCACAUCAGAGGGACAUCCAGACUGAAGGAUUCUGGUUGGAUGAGGAACCUAGCUCCUCUGCCAAUCACAACUAUCAUCAAUAUGAAGAAAGAGGAUGUAUGUGAAGAGUUGGAGAGGAUGGAAUACCCCCGUAAGUACAUCGAUACGGUGAAAAGCCAUAACCUCAACGGUGCGGCACUGGUCUUUGGUGAUGCAGAUGAUCUUAAAGACCUGCUAGAUAUGACCUUUGGUGAAUGGGCAACUUUCAGACUCCACUUCCUGGGUUUACCGUCACAUCUCCGACCACAACACAAGAACAUGGCACUGACACAUUCUCAUCCUCAGAACAAGCUGUCUGGAGGUCCCCUCCAUGUUUCCACUCAGUAUUUAUCUAAUCCCAAUCUGAUUAACAGCUAAAUCCAAUCCAUUUCCAGUAAAUGUGAUAUUCCUAAAAUGCUGAUCUGCAUUUGUAACAUUUAUUAAUCUUUACAGUAACAAUACAGAGUUUGGAAGUUUAUUUAAGUGUGAAGUAAUUACUUUAACUUUGUUUAGCUGCAGGAACUCUUGAUUCUGCCAAGAAAAAUAUCUUCUGUAACUAUGUCAAAUACCUAUCACAUACAUGUUCUUUUACUUAAAGGGGCCAAGCCCAACAACGAUAGCUGUAGUUUUACACACAAUAGAUGUCCAACAAAUCAACCGCAGUUGACAUGAUUGCACAUUUGUGUUUUUCAUGGAUCACAUUUUCCUAUAAUGAAAAGGUCUUUUUCACAGUAGAUAUUUUGAAGUGUCACACUAGGAAAAGCACAUUUAUGAUGGCUGAAUGUCAUUUAGCUCAGUGCCGCUGCAAGCCAUUUUGGUACACUAAGCAUAAUUCCUUUAUGAUGCCCCAUUUCCAAAAAAGUUGACUUUGUCAGGCGCAAUCCAACAGACCACGGAGAUAGGGAAGGGCACCCACGGGGAGCUUGGGAAGUUGAGUGUGUGUGUGUUUGAGUGUUUGUGUGUUUGAGUGUGUGUGUGUGUUUGUGUUUGUGUUUGUGUUUGGGGGUGGGGGGGCACCAUCGUUACUUUCUUGAGCAAUUCAAUAUAUCUCUUGUUCUGCCUGUUUUGCGAUAUACAUUCCUAAAAAGUGCCUAAUAUUUCUAUACUGAAAUAAUAUCGGCAUUAUUUUAUUAUUAGGCAUUUUUUGGUGCCCCCUCAGCACUUGGUGCCCUACACAGUUUCAGGGUCCUGGUAUUAUGCAUGUUGGCUCACUGUGACACUUGGAGAAAAAAUAUAAAAAUAAAACGGAGCCAUUGUUAAUGUCACUGAUAAUAACACCUGUGCUUUUCCUGCUACAAGUCAAAAUGUCUGCUGUGAAAAGACCUAUUAUGAGACACACUGUUGUUUUUACAGUGUUAAUGUGUUCAGAAAGAUGAAAAGCUGUGGAACAAUACAGAACAAAUAUUGUUUUAAUGCUGCUUUUAAAAUUAUUUUCAGUAAUAUUAAAAUAUAUCAUUACAGAUUACAUGACCUUAUUGUUGGAAAAUAAUAAUCUUAACCUGUUAAAAGCCUCUAUUUUCAAUCUGUCAGUCUUCCCUUGCCACACUAUCCCACUAAAGUGUGACAUGCACAUUAAGAUAUGGUGUUUGAUCAACCUUUAGUUCACUUAGUGUCAACAGAAGGCUCCAUAUAAAAAUUGCAACUUGAUUGUAGGUUUCUUUUUUAUUUUUUGGAUUUAUUUAAAAAAAAAAAUUUGUACUGUAGCUUUUACUGUGGCUUUAUUCUGGAAUCAGUGAAUGUUUAUAAUGAGGUGUGUGUGGUGUGCCUAUACCAUACAUCAUAAAUGCAUGCCAGUUUGCAAGUUUGGUACCAUAACUCUUUAAGUAAGUCAGAGAAUAUUAACGUUUAGGUUGUGGAAAUUGCUUUGAUGCAGAGAUAGUAGGAUUACAUAUAUUUCAGAACCUGAAUUGCCUUUAACAAUGUAUAUUUGGUAUUUCAUCAAUUAAAAUUCAUUGUUUGGGACUAAUUAUUGAUCCUUAAGAAGAAAAUAAGGACUUAUUAAUACUGUAUAUGUGCUGCAGUAAACUGUAAUUCCCUAUUUCAUGCAAAUCAAAAUGUAAAGUCUGACAAAUGAAAUGCAGUGUGCAAGUGUCCCAUAAUAAAAAUGCCCAUCCAAGCAGA